AUGUCCGUACCGCGCACCUUGCUGGCCUUCCGUCCAGCCCUCCGAUCAGCAACCCGAAGCUUCACGACCACCACAUCGACGCCAUCAUUCACCUCACGAUCGAGCAUACCCUUCCAGCAGCCACGACCGCGGACAGACUGGCAGCAGACAUGGCAUCAAUCUCAGAAGCGCACAUACCGACGACAAGCAUUCAGCUACCGGCGCUUCCAACAAUCGCGAGCCCUCUUUCAGACCUGCGCUGCACGACCAACCUUCUACUAUGAAGUCGGUGGCAUAGCCUUCAUCGUUGGAGCUUUCUACGUCUACAACCUCGAAGCCGUCCCAGUCUCUGGCCGCAACCGUUUCAACAUCGUCAGCCGGGAAACAGAACAAGCCAUAGGCGGACAAAUGUACCAGCAGACCAUGCAAGAGUUCAGCGGAAAGCUCAUGUCGCCUCUCAGCAAAGAACACCGUCAAGUGCAAAGAGUCCUCGAUCGCUUGAUCCCACACUCAGGCCUGGCAGAUGAGAAGUGGGAGAUACACGUCAUCAACGACGAUAUGAAGAACGCGUUCGUGAUACCCGGCGGGAAGGUGUUCGUCUUCCGAGGCAUUCUGGAUAUAUGUCAAGGCGACGAUGGGCUGGCUGCUGUCUUGGGGCAUGAGAUUGCCCAUAAUGUGGCGCAUCAUGCUGCCGAGAGGAUGAGCCAGAGCUUCCUUACCUUGCCGGUGGUGCUGAUCACCAGUCUUCUUGUCGGCGGCGAUGCAAGUCUCUGGCAGUUCGUCAGUCAGCUAGCUUUCACAUGGCCUGGUUCUCGGACUCAGGAAGCCGAGGCCGACUAUAUUGGAUUGCUGAUGAUGUCGGAAAGUUGCUAUAACCCUGAGGCUGCUGUUGGGUUGUGGCUUCGGAUGGAGAAGGAGGAGCAAGCUGCGCCGCCUCAGUUCUUGAGUACUCAUCCUUCCAGUCAUAAUCGAGUUGAAAAGAUUAGAUCGUGGCUACCGGAGGCUGAGGUCAAAUAUGAAAGCGGCGAUUGUGCUGCUAUUAGACCUUUUGCCAACGACUUCCGACAAGCCACCGGCUUGGCGCGAUGGUGA